AUGUCGACCGUUGGACAUCUGUCUCCUGGACAGUGGAGGAACCCCAAAGACAAGUCUGCAACCAAGCGAACCCUCGAGUACUGGGUAGAGCUUGCGAAGCUGCUGGAGCGCGGAGGAAUCAACGCAUUGUUCCUGGCGGAUACGACUGGAGGCCAUGAUACCUACGAGGGUAAACUGGACGAGUGUAUUCGACGAGCUGCGCAGUGGCCGGUCACAGAUCCAACUAUCCCCAUCUCUGCGAUGGCUGCAGUGACCAAGAACCUCGCGUUUGGCAUCACGGCCUCAACUUCGUUCGAGCAGCCUUUCCUGCUAGCCAAGCGCUUCUCCACAUUGGAUCAUUUGACCAAUGGUCGACUGGGUUGGAAUAUCGUGACUUCAUACAAGAAGGCGGCUUUCAAAGCUAUUGGAUUGGAUAGCCCCAUUGAGCAUGAUGAACGAUACCGCCAAGCAGACGAAUAUUUGAGGGUGCUCUAUAAACUUUGGGAAAGUUCCUGGGCUCCUGAUGCCCUGUCACCAAACCCCGAGGCAGACUCAUACAUUGACCCCGACAAGGUCCGUCAGAUCAACCAUAAGGGAAAAUACUUCUCCUUAAGUACACGGCACAUCGUCGAUCCGUCUCCUCAGAGGACGCCGUUCCUCUUCCAGGCAGGAACUUCCCCUGCAGGAUCAGACUUUGCUUCUACCCACGCGGAGGCCAUCUUUGUCUCUGCCCAUUCGCCAGAGGUGCUGCGACCAAAGAUCGCAAACAUCCGCAAGUUAGCCGCGGAACGAGGUCGGGACCCGCAGUCCAUUAAGUUCUUUGGGACCUUCACGCCAAUUUUGGGUGAGACUGACGAAGAAGCGUGGGCCAAAUACGAGGAGCUGAAGAAAUACGCCUCGGUGGUUGGCGGCCUGGUUCUUUUCAGUGGAUGGACGGGCAUUGAUAUCUCCAAGAUCCCACUUGACCAGGACCUCACGGCUGCAGACUCCUUGGAAGCUGGUAGAGUGACCAGUCUGCUUGACUCGUUGCUCAAGACUAGCAAAGAUAUCCCGCGCUGGACUCCUCGUGUAGUCGCCGAGAAGGCUGCAAUUGGUGGUCUUGGUCCGGUGGCUAUUGGAAGUCCAGCUACUGUUGCUGAUGAGAUGGAACGCUGGAUUCGAGAGUCUGACCUUGACGGGUUCAACGUCGCCUACGUCACUACGCCGGGCACUUUUGAGGAGGUGGUUGACUUGCUCAUUCCGGAGUUGAGGCGGCGUGGACUGUAUCCUGAGCUUCCAGAUCCAUCGGAGCCAUCACUCACAGCCCGUGAGAAGGUGUUUGGUAAGGGUCAGAAAGAACUUCGGGCUGAUCAUAUUGGAAGCAAGUAUAAGUAUGAUGUCUACCAGGAAGACGAGCCGUAUGUCGAAGGUUCCGAGGAAAAUAAGUAG